UUGUGGGUAUGUUGGCAAGGAAAUUCCCGAUGGCGUCCUACGUGAAUGUGAACGAUUUUAGUGAAAGCUGAAACGAUAUGCUGGAUUCAACGUGUGUUAUUUUGUUUAGAUAAUAAUUGUGUGUCACUCUGGAGUAAAAUUAAUUUAGUGUUUAUUUAUUGGGGUUGAAAGCUGUAUUACUUUGCUACUUUAUUUUAUAUUGUUAACACAGAAAUUGUGUUUGCAUUUGUGGAUAAACUUGUGAGAUAUAAGUUAUAAGUGAAAGUGGAUAUGGUGAAUGAUUUGAUUGUUAGUUUCUUUCUUAAUUGUGUUGGAUAAAUUAAAAAAAAUAAAAUUGGACAGAGUCACUUGAAGGGUUUUUUGAGAACCUACAUGUAGGGUGUGAUGUAAUGAACAAGUACGAAAUUGUGGGAGUUGUGGGCGAAGGUGCCUAUGGCGUGGUGUUGAAAUGUAAACACAAGGAAACAGGCGAACUCGUUGCUGUGAAGAAAUUCAAAGAUGGCGAAGAAAACGAAGAUGUGCGCCGUACCACGCUUCGAGAACUCAAAAUGCUACGCUCACUCAAACAAGAGAACAUUGUGGAGCUUAGAGAGGCGUUUAGGCGCAAAGGAAAACUUUACCUAGUCUUUGAAUAUGUUGAAAGGAACAUGCUGGAACUACUGGAGGACAUGGCUAGUGGAGUGCCACCAGAGAAAGUGCGAUCCUACACCUACCAGUUGUGUAAGGCAAUACACUGGUGCCAUAGCAACGACAUCAUACACAGAGAUAUCAAGCCUGAGAAUUUGCUGAUUAGCAGUGGAGAUGUUCUGAAGCUCUGUGAUUUUGGCUUUGCUCGCACCAUCAACAAUGGAAUGAACGGCAUGUACACGGACUAUGUUGCGACACGGUGGUAUCGCUCUCCGGAAUUGCUGCUUGGUGCCCCCUACGGCAAGGCAGUAGACAUCUGGUCUAUCGGCUGCAUUCUUGGAGAGCUUGCAGACGGUCAGCCCCUGUUCCCGGGCGAGAGUGAGAUAGAUCAGCUCUACGUCAUCCAGAAGAUUGUCGGACAAUUGCCGCCCGAUCAGAUGAACAUGUUCUAUAACAACGCUCGAUUCUCCGGGUUAAAGUUUCCAUCAGUGUCCAAGCCACAGACUAUCGUGAAAAGAUACCAGGGAAUACUCAGUAGCGUCAUGAUAGACUUUAUGGUGCAAACACUAAGGCUAGAGCCUACAGACAGGUUCACGAUAGAGGAUUGCCUGGACCACGUGUCCUUCCAGACAGAACGUCUUCUCAACCGGGGAAGCCAGGUGCCCAUCAAGCACAUCGACACUCAUAACACCAGCAAGAAACGCAAGAGUGACAUAAGUGAUCACGUCAAUAGUGAAAAUUUGAAGAAUUUAACAGUACGGUCUGGCAAGACAAAAGCAUUGUUGCCCGAUCAUAAAGAGGAAAAAUUUGAAGAAAAGAUGGAUACCUCAGAAACGGAAAAAGAGAUUAUACACCCCACCUCUCAAAGCAAAUACAUUAAACAGGCAAAAAAUGCAACAUCAAAAGCAAAUGCUGAAAAACAAGCGUUAAAUGCAAUAAGAGAGAAAAUUGAACUGGAGCGAGUUAAAGAGGAUAAAUCGUCAGAAGAAGAAACUAGUCGCAAAGAAAGGACAAGAACACCUGCAAAAUCAGGCAGUCGUAGAUCACAGAAAAGUGCAAAUAGAAACAAUGUAAAUAGUGAUAAUAUGAAUAAUACUGACGAUAAAACAGAUGUGCGACAGGGAAAGUCUUAUGUAGACCUGUCUGGAAGACAGGGUGUAGGGCAGUACAAUUCAACGUUUUCGGACUUCCGUUCUGGAUAUGUAGGCGACAGCAAAAGUGACAAUAAUAUGGAUACGUUGGACAGUAAUGGUGAAGUUCACGAAAAUGAUGUAGAUAUGGAUAAUACUACUCCUAGUGAGUCUAAAUUCAUUAAACGUAAGCAUAGCUCUAAAACUGUGACAGAUAACAAACCAAAGUUAGCUUCAAAAUCCCCAGAACCUAUUGUGCUUACGCCUCGCGAUGCACCAAAUGCUCGCACUAGCACGUAUACUGUGAACUUGGAAGCGCCGAAUCAGGAACAAGAAAAUGGCCAUAAACCCUCGGACAGUCCCCCAGAAAGGAAAAAGUUCUUGGACAAGACACUGCAAGACGAGUUGCAGCGUAUCAAAUCCAGCACUAUGAGAGAGCGCCAGAAGAAGAACCAAGAGAUCCAGCAGACGAGUCAGAAAGGGGACGUCUCAGUAGUCCGAACAAUAUCAGACCGGCUGUCCGAUGCUAAGUUGCAGAACGUCGAUGUUGGGGUGAACAAAUAUCAGCGGGAGAGGACCGACAACUUUGGCAGCUUUAAUUCUCAGGGGAACAAGGACCGAAGAGCCCCAAGCAGGGGUCAAUUCUACGCAGAUGGACCCGGAUCAAUCGGGCGUGAGUCAAGCUUCUACAACUCCGAUGGCUCCAGGCGCGUGUCUGUGGAUGACAACAGAAAAAGUUCAUAUUGUUCCAAUGCUGUGUGCUUGUUCACAAAUAACAGUAUCAACCACUUUCUGUGUUAUAGCAGUGUGCUUAUCACGUUAGCUCGUUGGCUAGGUUAUUUCUCAGCAAGGUUUGUUUUAGAUCAUUUGCAUUUCUUUGUUAGCAGAACGUCAGCAAGGGUCUGCAACCUCCAAGAAUCAGAUACAGGUAGCUAG